CAGCUUGGUUAAAGUAUGUACGUGUACAGUAAAAAAAAAGAAAGGUUAUGUCCAGUAGUUGAUACACUAAAAAACAAGAUGAUUGAGGUGACCUGCAAUGACCGAUUGGGCAAGAAAGUCAGGGUCAAGUGCAACCCUUCAGACACAAUAGGGGAUUUGAAGAAAAUCGUUGCAGCUCAAACCGGCACGAAGUGGGACAGAAUAGUAAUCAAGAAAUGGUACACAAUCUAUAAGAACCACAUUACACUUGAUGAUUAUGAAAUCCAUGAUGGUAUGAAUCUUGAACUUUACUAUGAAUGAGGUCACAGAAAAGCACCAUCACAUACUGUACUUUACUUAAUAAACUCAUUUGUUUUGUAAAAACAUUUUACUGUCUCCAGUUGUCUCACAAGAUACAUGAAAGAAAAUGCAUUUUAGAAGAUUAUUUGAGCUUCACAUUGGUAUUCCGGACUAAGUUUUAAAUCUUCCCAUUGAAUUCUGUUGCUCAUUGGCAAAAGUGGAAUAGCUAAUAAUUCAUUAAAAAAAAUCCAAUCAUGGAAGUGCUGAUUGAUAUUACCCCAAUACUCACCUGUUAUUUAACUCCAAUU